GGGGCGUGGGUCGUGGGGUGUCACUGCAGUCUAUCUAUGGGACAUCUCUCUCACCCCACGCUACGGACACGCGCCGGUUUACACGAAAAAAAUAACGUUUGUAAUCCUCAUAUGUGUUAAUUGUAUCCAGAAAAUUCAACCUAGAACAUUUAGUUUCUGGUGCAAUUCUGUAUUUGGAUCCGGGUUUGAAGUCUUUGAACUCGCAAUGCGCUGUGAGUUGCAAGUCCUUACCUGAUCGAAUGGGGCUGCACACAGAGGACAUUACAGUUCCACUUGGCACAUAUCAUGAGGCGGAUCCUGGUCGUCUGCGUUUGCUUAUUCACUUUCAUUCAAAAUGGCCAUAAUGCAGACUCUGAGGAACGAUUAAUGAAUUGGCUACUGGGUAAAGACCGAUACAACAAGCUGAUCCGCCCUGCCAUUAACAGGACUGAACGUGUCACUAUCAAACUACAGGUUUCCCUAGCCCAGCUCAUCAGCGUGAAUGAGAGAGAGCAGAUCAUGACCACCAAUGUCUGGUUAACUCAGAAUUGGAUUGAUUACAGAUUGUCAUGGGACCCUUCAAAAUAUGAUGGAAUUGACAAGAUUCGUAUUCCAUCACGACACAUAUGGCUCCCAGAUAUUGUGCUGUACAACAAUGCGGAUGGAACAUACGAAGUGACCGUGUUUACAAAUGUAAUCGUCCAGUUCAACGGCAGCAUCUUCUGGCUUCCUCCAGCUAUCUACAAGAGCGCCUGUAAAAUUGAGGUAAAACACUUUCCUUUCGAUCAGCAAAACUGCACACUUAAGUUCCGCUCCUGGACAUAUGACCACACAGAAAUCGACCUGGUACUGAAGAGCGACAUGGCCAGCAUGGACGAUUUCACACCCAGUGGCGAGUGGGACAUCCUGGCCCUCCCGGGAAGGCGGACAGUCAACCCCAUGGAUCCCACCUAUGUGGACGUCACCUAUGACUUCAUCAUUAAGAGGAAACCUCUCUUCUAUACCAUCAAUCUCAUCAUCCCCUGUGUGCUGAUCACCUCUUUAGCUAUUCUGGUUUUCUACCUGCCCUCUGAUUCUGGUGAGAAGAUGACCCUUUGCAUCUCAGUGCUCCUGGCCCUUACUGUCUUCUUACUUCUCAUCUCCAAGAUAGUGCCCCCAACCUCACUGGAUGUACCCUUGAUUGGCAAGUACCUGAUGUUCACCAUGGUGCUGGUGACCUUCUCCAUCAUAACCAGCGUGUGUGUGCUUAAUGUGCACCACCGCUCCCCAAGCACACACACCAUGCCUGCUUGGGUCAGGCUGCUUUUUCUGGUCAAACUUCCAGCUCUACUCUUCAUGCGGCGCCCACAGAGCGAUUCGGCUCGUCAGCGGCUACUGCAGCAGCGCCAGCUCCAAGCUCGGCCCUGCCUGGCCCCUCAUCCAGGAGCCAGCUUUUCCGCUAAAUCUGGGUUAUCUUCCGCAGAACAUUAUUUUGGUAGAACAGCAUUGCCCUUAGGACUUAACACAGCCAUGAAGAAAGGGGAUCCAUGGCUUAUGGACCGCUUUCCAGAAAGGUUCUCCUCGAGGGAUGACCUUCACAAACGGGGAACUUCAGACUGGGAGGCUGACGUACAGGAAGCUGUGGAUGGGGUGAGAUUUGUAGCUGAUCACAUGAUGGGGGACGACGAUGACCAGAGCGUAAUUGAGGACUGGAAGUACGUUGCCAUGGUGGUAGAUAGGAUGUUCCUGUGGAUCUUUGUGAUUGUGUGUGUUGUGGGCACCCUGGGUCUCUUCCUGCAGCCUCUCUUCCAGCAUCAGAUUGUCCCUACCCAGCAGCUUGGCACAGAUACACCAAAAAGAGAUGCCUUUUGAAUAGACAGACCUGAAGCCAAUGUCAAGAGGUUUUCAUUGAUUUCAGCCACUCCAGCUGUCAUUCUAAAAAAACACAGACAAGUAACCCUGUGCUCUCUGCCAUAAUGGGUUCUUUUUACAAAAUACAGUCAAUGAGUAAAUACUGGGAAUAAGGAGGUAGUGACUGACUCUCAUGCCAAGGGCAAUUCACAUAGAGUUAUGUGAAAAAAUUAGAACACCCAUUAAAUAUUUAGUACUUGAUUAAGAAAUAUC